AUGUCUACGAAGAAACUAGUACUGAUUAUCGGUGCUACCGGUAUUCAAGGAAGGCCAUGCGUGUCUGCUAUGUUAGCACGACAAGAUGAUGGAACACCCUCUCCUUACUCUGUGAGAGUGCUUACACGAGAUCCAACGAGCGAACAAGCGAAGGGUCUUGCCUCUUUGGGCGCAGAGUUAUUCCAAGGCAGCUUCGAAGACUUAGAAACCGUCGCCGCCGCAUUGGAAGGGUGUUACGGAGUCUUUGUGAACACGGACACGUUCUCUGUGGGCCAACAGAAGGAGAUCUACCUUGCUAUCAAGAUGUUCGAACAAGCACACCGCGUCCCUCAGAUGAGGCACUUCAUCUGGAGUGGUCUGGAUUACGGUAGCAAGUUUGGCAGAUUCGAUCCAAAAUAUUGUACCGUACAUCUAGAUGGGAAAGGUAUUGUUAGUGAUUUCUUGAGGUCGCAGGAUUCGAGCCCCAGCGGAGAAUCCUUGACUUGGUCCAUUAUAACGACUGGACCAUACAUUGAAAAUCUUGGGGGUGUGCUCCUUGGUCCCCUCGCAGAGCGCGAGAAAGGCGCAGUAGUGUUCGCUCUUCCUGUCGGAGAUGGGCAUGUCCCCUCCAUUAGUGUAGAAGACAUCGGCUGGUGGGUACGUUACACCUUCGACCACCGUUCUGAAACUUCCGGUCAAGAACUCAAAAUCGCGACGGAGAUGAUGACCAUGGACCAACUCGUCGAAACAUUUACGAGGGUGACAGGAAUUCCUGCGAUUCGCAAACGAAUGUCGGUUGAGGAAUAUCUUGGUAGGUACCCUCACACGAAUCAUUCCAUUAUAAAAGGAGAGAAAGGCCCUACUAUAAGGGAAACGUUUGCUGGGAUGUUCAGGGUAUGGGGAGAUGAUCUUUUGACGAGAGACAUGGACUGGAUCCGUCGUGUUCAUCCCACUGGUUAUACAUUGGAGAGCUGGAUUAGGGAGAAAGGCUAUGAUGGCACUCUUUCUCCUGACCUUAGGUUCUUCAAGAGUAAAAAGUAA